AUGGCUUUCUACAGAGAUAUCCAGAAUUUAACCAGAGAUUUUGACGGUUUCAACGUCCGAUCCGACGGUCAAGACCAGCCAGCAAAACGCGACUACUACUACAGUGGCGGCGGGCCGACCCAACCCAACCAAUAUCCCGAAACCUACCAACCACCACCGCCGGAGAGGCAGUACUCCCCGCCUCCGGUCUACUCCCCGCCCCUCGACAGGCCGCCAAUCCCCGCGGGCUGGGUCCCGCAGUACGACCGCGAGUACCAAUGCUGGUACUACUUCGAGCAGGCGACGGGUCAGUCCCAGUGGGAGGCUCCCGGACAGCUCCCGCCACGCCCGCCCAUGCCCGGCGCCGAGCGCGCCUAUGACUCCGGCUCUGCGGGAUACCAGGGUGAUGGCGGCGGCGGUGGUGCGUAUGGGAGCUACGGUGGGUACGGCGAUGGAGGCCGCGGCGAGGAGACGAAGAGCAGCGGGCGCGGGAACAUGUUGCUGGGUGCAGCGGGUGGUGCCGUAGCCGGUAUGGCCGCUGGGGCGCUGCUGUCGCAUGCUCUGAACGACGACAACCACUCAUCCGACGACGAUGAGCACCGCCGCCUGCCGCCCGCUCCGCAACCCGAGAUACAACAGUCGUACGGCGGGGAGGAUCCGUACAGCAGCUCGCGCGCAUACGGUCAGGAGGUCGACAGCAGCGAUGCCGAGUCUCUCCAGGAGGCGCGUGAGGACUACGAUGAGGCUCUCGAGGCGGCGCAGGACUCGGAUGCUAGCAGCAGCGAGGAGGAGGAGCUGGAGGAGGCUAGGGAGGAGUAUGAGGAAGAGUACGAGGAGGCCUACGAUGACUAG